AGGUAUUGGGAUACUUCUAAUUAUGAUUAAAAGUAUUCAAAUUAAUGUGCUAACUAAUAUUUCUAAAACUAGUGCAAUUUUGACAGGUAGAGCUAGAUGUUCACGGAAAUAACGUAUUGUAUUUGUAAUUCGUAAUCACCGGGCCAUCAUGUACAGCGGAAUCAUUAUUUCUUAUAAACACGACACCAUAUUAGAUCUAUUAUGAAAAACGUCAAGAUAAAAUAGUUUUACACUCCUCAGUUUUAUUGAAUGCUGCAGCUCAAAUUGAAGAUCCAAAUUUUAAGGAAAAACUUAACAAACUCAAUGCUGCUAUACAUUAUGGUGAAGGAGAUAUAUCUGGUUCACGUAGUAUAGUUGAACAAAAUUCUGCUGGUGAUAUUGAUUCAAUGAUUAAUCUUGGUUGUUUAUUCUAUCGUGAAGGAGAUUAUCAAAAAGCUUGUCAACACUUUCAACAAGCUAUACAAAUGACCGGUUUUCAAUCACAAUUAUCUUAUAAUAUUGCAUUAUGUUAUUAUCAAAUGAAACAAUAUGCUCAAUCAUUAAAAUAUAUUGCUGAUAUUAUAGAAUAUGGAAUAAAAAAUCAUCCAGAACUUGGUAUUGGUAUGACUACAGAAGGUUUAGAUGUAAGAAGUGUUGGAAAUACAAUAAUAUUACAUGAAACUGCUUUAAUUGAAACGUUUAAUUUAAAAGCAGCUAUUGAAUAUAAUUUAAAAAAUUAUACAUCAGCAUCUGAAGCUUUAACAGAUAUGCCACCAAGAAAUGAAGAAGAACUUGAUCAUAUCACAUUACAUAAUCAAGCAUUAAUGAAUAUGAUGAAAGAACCAGCAAUUGGUUUUCAAAAACUUCAAUUUCUAUUAAAACAAGAUACAUUUCCAUAUGAAACAUUUGCUAAUCUUUUAUUACUUUAUAUAAAAUAUGAAUAUUAUGAUUUAGCUGCAGAUAUAUUAGCUGAAAAUACAACAUUAGCCUAUGAAUAUCUGUCAUCGGAUUUAUAUGAUUUUAUUGAAGCAAUAAUUCUUAGACAAACAUCACCACAAGAUGCAUAUAAUCGUUUUGAUCAAAUGGCUAUAAAACAUACAGAACAAUUAAGACGUUUAACAAAAAUUAUUCAAGAAGCUAGACAAAAUCAAAAUGAUGAAUUAGUUAGAACUACUGUACAUGAAUAUGAUAUGACAUUAGAAAAUUAUAUUCCAGUGUUAAUGCAACAAGCUAAAAUCUAUUGGGAUAUGGAAAAUUAUCAACAGGUUGAAAAGAUUUUUCGUAAAUCUGUUGAAUUUUGUAAUGAUCAUCCAAUAUGGAAAUUAAAUGUUGCCCAUGUUUUAUUUAUGCAAGAGAAUAAAUAUAAAGAAGCAUGUACAUUCUAUGAACCAAUUAUAAAACGUCAAUAUACUAAUUUAUUAAAUAUUAAUGCUAUUAUUAUAGCUAAUUUAUGCGUGACAUAUAUUAUGACUAGUCAAAAUGAAUAUGCUGAAGAAUUAAUGCGUAAAAUAGAAAAAGAAGAAGAAGAACUCGAACAACAACAUCAACAAGAAGGACAACUUGUUGAAGGACUUGAAAUGGAUCCAUUGAAUCAUCAUCAUUAUCAUCAUCAUAAUUAUUAUGAUUAUGAUUAUACUUCUUCUUCUUCUUCUUCCUCGAAUCAAAAAUCUUAUCAUUUAUGUAUUAUUAAUUUGGUGAUUGGUACAUUAUAUUGUACUAAAGGGAAUUAUGAUUUUGGAAUUAGUCGUAUUAUGAAAAGUUUAGAACCUUAUCAAAAGAAAUUAGGAUCAAUUACAUGGUAUUAUGCUAAACGUUGUUUCCUAUCACUUAUUGAAAAUAUGUCAAAACAUAUGAUCUUAUUAAGAGAUGCUGUACUCAUGGAGUGUAUACAAUUUUUAGAACAUUGUGAAUUAUAUGGACGUAAUAUAAAAGUUCAUAUGGAACAACCAAUUGAACCACAGAAAAUACAUCCAGGACAAAAUACAAUUACAUAUGAAGCACGUUUAUUAAAAUCACUUUUAUUAGAACUUAUCCAAGGUUAAUAAUACAAGUUAUGAAGUUCAUUCAUAUGGUUCUCUUCUUUUAAAACGAUACCUUUCAAUCAAUGUUUAUAUCGAUUUAAGAUGAUGAUGAUGAGGAUGAUGAUGAUGAUAACGAAGAUCUUGUAGGUCAGUUGGAUGAUUUCGAUGAAGUUUUGGUUCUUGAUCAAAUCAUCUAAAUCAGAGAACAAAAUUUAUAGAGUUGUUUAUUUGCUCGAUCGAGUCUAUGUGUGUGUGUGUGAGUGUAUGUGUGCGUGCGUGUGUGUACGUGUGUGUGUGUCUUCUUUAAAACGAUACUUUUCGAUAAAUGUUUAUAUCGAUUUAAGACGAUGAUGAUGAUGACGACGACGACGACGAAGAUUUUGUAUCUCAGUCGGAUGAUUCCGAUGAAGUUUUGAUUCUUGAUCAAAUAAUCUAAAUCAGAGAACAAAGUUUAUAGAGUUGUUUAUUUGCUCGAUCAAGUCUAUGUGUGUGUGUGAGCGUAUGUGUUUAUGUAUCCAUGGCAACUAUUUGAUUUACAAUAGUUCAUGUAUAUAAUUUAUCAAACAUUCUUUUAUUCUGUUUAUAUUUCUAUUCAUAAUUAUUAGUAAUAUCAUGUAUAUUCAUCAAUUUUAAUAACAAAUACCAUUGUUGAAAUACUUCAUAAAACCCUCUUCUGAUAAUAAUCAUCAUAUACUCAGUAGUGACUGGCUUCAUGAGAUAGAUAUUUCCUGGGAUACUAGUGAGAAGCCGUGACCAGUAGAGUUUAGCCAGGUCUGUUGUGAGAUUGUAACUCAAUAGUGGCGGUGAAGCAAUUUCAUGGAUUGAUUGGAGAUAAACAUUAACACUGAUGGAUGUUGGCCAGCUCAAUGGUUUAGAAGUAAUGCGUUUACACAGGAGACCGACAGGUUCUGAGUUCGAGUCCUGAGUGUGGGAUUGUGAAUGUGUAAUGUUGAGAAGUCCCAUUUUCAUCCAAUGCUUCCGGAUAGUCUAGUUUCAAUGGACUCAUGAAUUCAACCAUUAAAUUAUAACGAUUUAUUAAUAGUUGAAGAAGUUGAAUUCAAAUAGUUCUCCUACUAGAUCCUAAACUUUCGUUGUUGUCUUCAAUCUAAUUUGUUCUUUCUGUACUAAAUUCUGUAUAUUAAUCUAUCCUUUGCAAAUGAUGUGAACUUCUUCUAUAACCUACAUUGUUGUCUAUGAUUAAUUGAUCGUUCUUUUUUCGACGAUCUUCUCAAUCUUCUGUCUUCAUGAUGUUACAUACUACUUAUAUCUACCGAAAUCACUAGCAAACAUCAC